AUGGAUUCGCUUGAGCUCGACCCCGAUUGCUUCUACAUCUGCUCGGAGAUCUCUCCGCGAAACUACGUCGUCCAAAAGGCUAUCCAAAUCGACAAAUCGCAAAUCGAGCGAAUGGUCGGCGAUCUCGACAAAAACGCGGCGGCGAUCGCCGCCAGUGUCGCCCAAUCGCCAUCGUCGCAGUCGCCGGCGCCGCCGUUGCCGUAUUGGUUCACACGCGAGUGCAAAGAGAAGCUGAUGCAAAUCGAUAUUCCGACGCCGAUUGUGCCGAGCGCGGCGAUGUCGCCAACGCCAAUGUUCAAUCAUCACCAAUUUCAGCAGCACCAGCAGCAGCAGCAGCAGCUGCAACAGCCGGCGACGGCCGCCGAGCGGCGCGUUCAACUCAAAAAACAACUCGAAUAUUAUUUCUCACGAGAGAACUUGAUGACCGAUCGCUAUUUGCGUUGCCAAAUGGACACCGAGAUGUACGUGCCGAUAUCGGUGAUCGCCGGCUUCCGGAAAAUCGUGCAGCUCACCGAUGAUUACGAUUUGAUCGUCGAAUGCCUUCGCGAAUCCAACGUUGUUGAGGUCGACGAGCUCGGCGAGAAGGUCCGACCGAUCACGAAACGCUGCACGAUUAUAUUGCGCGAAAUCGCGCCCGAGCAUCGCGAUGAAGUCGAGAAAAUGCUCGCCGGCGGUCCGCCAUAUUUGGAUUUGAAGUAUGGAAUGAAUGAUAGCUGGUAUGUGACAUAUGAGACCGAAGAGCAGACGCAGGACGCCUACGUUCAUCUGCAGGGCAUUGAGGUGAUGUUCAACAAUCGGCCGAUGUGUGCUCGCAUCAAGACCGGCGGACCUCCGGCUCAUAUUCUCGAGCAGCAGCCGCCGAUCACCGUCGAGCAUUUGCCGGAUCCGACGCCGGAGGCGUCGAAUAAUCCGCACAUGGGACCAUUAGCCGAACUCGGACGCACAUUUUGCGGAUUGGGCUUCAAACCGGUGGCCACUUAUCGGCCGCAAACGUUUCACACGCGUGUCGGGCCAACGAGCAAAUCAAACAAACGGGACGACGACGGUGAUGAUGAUGAUGAUGAUGAGGAGGAGGCUUCGACGCCGAUCGCCAAUGGGCAACACGCGUUUCGAUAUAGCAAUCAUCAGCAGCAACAUAAGGGUAGAAAUCAUAAUUGCAAAGAGCACGAUUCGGAGUUGACGUCAUCGCGAGAGCGACGCUAUUCGAACAAUCGCGGAGCGUAUAAUAAUAGCUCGAGGAAUUAUGAGAGGCUCAAUUUCGAUCGACGAUCCUAUGAUCGAGGACCAAAUUAUCGACGAGGUGGUGCGGCGCCACGACGAAAUCCGCCGCCACAGCCGCCGCCGCCGAAGCGAAUCGAGACCGAUUGGGGUCCGAGACCUGUCGAGGCGACGCCGCCGCCGGUGUGGCCGAGUUUGGGCACGCGAACGCGCAAACCGUCGGAAUCGACGACGGUGACGUCGAGCGAAUCGGACAACGCGACGCCGACGCAAUGUCCGCUGACGCCGGCGAGCAGCGAGAGCGAGACGCGUCGAAAGACGUCUGAGCCGAGUUGCUCGUAUUCCUACGAGGAGCAGGCAUUUCCAUGCCUUCCAAAACCAAAAGUCGAACCGCCGAAAGUCGAGAAGAAGCCUACGUUCAGCGCAAUCGCCGCCGGUAAACGAAACGUCAAACCACCGCCACCAGAAGUCAAAAAAAGCUACGCCGAGAAGCUGAAGGAGCGAGCAGCGAUACGCGCGGCAGCGGCGGCGGCCGGUUCAAAAUAG